GCCAGCCUCCGUCGUCUGCGUUUGUUUUGUUGACAUUUUUUGUCCUCUCUCCGUUAACUGACUUGUCGUCAAGUUAGCGAAAAAGCUCACAUAGAACGACGCAAUGCCUCCAACAUUCACGCCAGCUCGCCAAAUUCCGACUUAUUUUAGAGCGCAAUAAGCGCAAUAUGACAGUUCCGCGGUUGACCGACCCGUCGUGUUUCGUCGCUAUGAUGCCGCGAGGAAUCGACAGUUAGCUUUAGCCCGUUAGCAGCUGUGACAAUUUAAACUAGAAAAAAUACACACAUGGAGGGCGUUCUGUACAAAUGGACCAACUACAUGACAGGCUGGCAGCCACGCUGGUUUGUGCUGGAGAACGGCGUCAUCUCAUACUACGACAGCGAGGACGACGUCGGCAAAGGAAGCAAAGGCUCCAUCAAGAUGUCCGUCUGUGAAAUUAAAGUUCACCCGACCGACACCACGCGUCUGGAGUUGAUCAUUCCCGGCGAGCAGCAUUUUUACGUGAGGGCGGUCAAUGCAGCAGAGAGACAACGUUGGCUGGUGGCACUCGGCUCCUCUAAAGCCGGAACCUUGGACUCGCACAGACACAGAGGCCCGGACUGUCUGCGCACCAAAAUGUCUGAGCUUCGCCUGUACUGCGACCUGCUGGUGCAGCAGGUCCAAACCAUCCAAUCACAGAGCAGCGCAGAGCCCGAGGGCACGCCCACAUCCGAGGCCUCGCUCCUCAGCGCCACCUGCACCACCUUUAUCCGGACACUGGACGAGUGCAUGAGCCUGGCGCAGCAGAGCCUCGCGCCGCGCCCGCAACCUCCUGAAAGGCUCAGCCGCCCUCCUAAUAUGAGAAGAUCAGUCAGUCACCCCGGCACGUCCAUUUUGGACAGGUGCGGCGUACUGAAGGAGAGCUCCAGCGGAUCCAAGCCACGGCGGGACCGGGCCAGCUCAGACACUUCAGAGUUGACGUAUAAAGGAUUGCCGGACUCCUCGCACAUCCCUGAGGAACGAGGGGUCGUGGCCAGUCCGAAGACCACGCCUGCAGACACGGACACGGACCUGUCCAUCUGAAGGUCGGAAGGUGUCGUUUUAAUGCAGACGCCGUGAAUGUAUUUUACUCGCUCUCUCUGUGGGAGCACACCUUUGGCAAAUGAGCACUUUGGACGUCGGUUCUUUUAUUUAUAUUUGCCCAUGGGACUCAGAACUUGAAUUCCUGCUGCGGCAAGUGGGACCAAAGUGGACGCUGUCCUUCCGGCCCUCUCUCCCAUCCGCACAACAAUGUGAACAUGUGGCGCCAUUUUGUGGUGAUGGUCGCGGCUUUGAUGUUGCUGCUGCCUUCAAAGACCAUGCCUGUGUUGCGACUUAUUUUCUCAUGAGCAAUUUUCAGUUGGUUCAUUGAAAUGUUCACAAAAUCAAAAUCUUUGUACCGUGUCGCAGCAACUGCGCUCAGAAUCAAUCACAUUCUCUCCCUCCCCCCUUCCAUGAAUAUGUGCCAUCGUGUUUUUGAUCCAUUCCCAAUAGCGCCAAUGUGAGGGCGGUGCAAUGCACGAUUGGUACUUGUAGGCAGCAGCUGGACUCCAUUCAUCCAUUUUUUACUUGCCGCUUGUGCACUUUAACAGUCGAAUUCCUUUUCUGGAGGGAUUGGGAUAACUGUGUCGCCAUGGCAACAGAUUCGGCACUUAACCAUAUGGCGUUAAAAAACAAACUGCACUAAAGCACCUAAAAAUAAUCAGAAUUAUGAUAUAUAAAAAAAAAAGUGUUUUUCUGGAUGUUAUGAUACCCCUGAAUAAAGUCAGACACGAUUCCUUUCUAAAGCA